AUGGCCCCCAAACUGACCCGCGAGGAAGUCAAGAAGCACACGGCCGAAGACGACCUGUGGUUCAUCGUGGACCACAAAGUCUACGACGUCUCCGACUUCAUCGAUGCCCACCCAGGCGGCUCCGUCGUGCUGCAGCAAGUCGCCGGCACCGACGCCACGGAAGCCUUCUACAACCUGCACCGCCACGAAGUCCUACACCAGUACAAAUCGCUCUGUCUCGGGAACGUGGAGGGCGAGGAGCCCGAAGUCAUCGAGCAGCUGCCCGGCGACCUCAGCCAGGUGCCGUACGCUGAGCCCCUCUGGUUGACGCCGCAGUUCCGCUCGCCCUUCUACUCCGAAAAGCACAAGAAGCUGCAGAAGGCGAUGCGCAAGUUUGUCGAUGAGCAUAUCACUCCUGAGGCGCGGGAAAAGGAGUUGAGCGGGGAGUACAUCAGCCAGGAGCUGAUUGAUAAGAUGGCCGAGGCGAAUAUCCUCGCUAUGCGAGCCGGGCCGGGCAAGCAUAUGCAUGGGCGGAGUUUGCUGGGAGGUGCCAUGGACGGCAAGGACUACGAUGCCUUUUCCGAUUUGAUCAUUUCGCAGGAGCUCACGCGACAUACGAGCCGUGGCUUCCAGGAUGGGAAUAUGGCGGGUAUGACGAUCUCGCUGUCCGCUGUGAUUGCGUGGGCGAAUGACGAGGAGUUGAAGAACCGAGUGGUGGAUGAGGUGCUCUCCGGCAAGAAGAAGAUGUGUCUUGCCAUCACCGAAGCAUUCGCCGGUUCGGACGUCGCAGGUCUGCGAACAACAGCGGAGUUGAGCGAGGACGGCUCGCAUUACAUUGUCAACGGAACGAAAAAAUGGAUUACUAACGGCAUGUGGAGUGACUACUUCGUCACCGGCUGCAAGACGAAGAAGGGCUUUUCCGUGCUGCUGAUUGAGCGGUCGGAAGGCGUGGAGACGAAGAAGAUCAAGACGGCGUAUUCUGCUGCCGCGGCGACGACCUUUGUCGAGUUUGACAACGUCAAGGUGCCCGCGAAGAACUUGCUGGGCGAGGAGCACAAGGGUUUUGUCGUCAUCAUGUCGAACUUCAACCACGAACGAUGGAUGAUGGCUGCCAUGGUCAUGCGCUGGUCCCGCACCGUGCUCGAAGAAUGCCUAAAAUGGGCGCACCAACGCCUCGUCUUCGGCAAACCCCUCAUCGCCCAACCGGUGGUGCGGCAAAAGCUCGGCCGCAUGAUCGCCCUCGUCGAAGCCAACCAAGCCUGGAUCGAGCAAAUCACCUUCCAAAUGAACGGCAUGAGCUACAAGGAGCAGGCCAAGCACCUCUCCGGCCCGAUUGGGCUGCUCAAGACCUUCUCCACGCGCAGCGCGCACGAAAUUGCGGAUAAUGCAGUCAAUAUUUUCGGGGGCCGCGGGGUUACGCAGACGGGCAUGGGGCGCGUGGUCGAGGCUUUCCAUCGGACGUACAAGUUUGAUUCGAUUCUCGGGGGUGCGGAGGAGGUGAUGGCGGAUUUGGGGGUGAGGCAAGCGAUGCGCUUCAUGCCGAAUGCCAAACUGUAG